AUGAGGCUCACCGGCAUCCUGCCCCUCGCCCUCCUGGGUGCUGCCGCCACCACCGCGCACGCCGCCGCCCUCACCGGACGCCCGCCACAACUGUUCCGCCCUGAUCGCCGCGAGCUCCUCCAGGACGUCGUGACCUACGACAACUACUCGCUUCUCAUCAACGGCGAGCGGCUGAUGAUCUACUCGGGCGAGUUCCACCCGUUCCGCCUGCCCGUGCCCUCACUGUGGCUCGACGUCUUCCAGAAGGUGAAAGCCUUGGGCCUGAACACGGUCUCGUUUUACCUACACUGGGGCCUGCUGGAGGGCAAGAGCGGUGACUUCAAUGACCAGGCCGCCUUGGCCAUUGAACCGUUUCUGCAGGCUGCGCAGGAGGCUGGGCUGUACCUCAUUGCGAGGCCGGGACCGUAUAUCAAUGCCGAGGCCACAGGCGGCGGCUUUCCAGGCUGGCUGCAGAGGAUUGAGGGGAAAUUGAGAACCAAUGCUACCGACUAUCUGAACGCCACGAACAACUACAUGGCCAACGUGGGCGCCAUUCUGGCCAAAUAUCAGAUCACAAACGGCGGGCCCAUCAUCCUUGUCCAAGUCGAAAAUGAGUACACUGAUGCCACAUCGGACGUCGUGUUCCCCAACGGAUACUACAUGCAGUAUAUCGAAGAUCAGCUUCGUGAUGCGGGUAUCGUAGUGCCCCUUGUCAACAACGAUGCCUCGCCAGAUGGACACAACGCCCCGGGUACAGGAGUUGGUCAGGUCGACAUCUAUGGACAUGAUUCCUAUCCAUUGGGUUUCGACUGUGCGAAUCCUUCCUCUUGGCCGUCUGGGUCCAUCCCAACCGAUUUUCGAGAGCUGCAUCUCGAGGAGAGCCCGACGACGCCGUACCUGAUCAAUGAAUUCCAGGGAGGUUCCUUUGAUCCGCCCUCAGGCGCUGGCUACGAAAAGUGUGCAGACCUCCUGAACAUGGAAUUCGAGAGGGUGUUCUACAAGAACAACUACGCGGCGGGUGUGACCAUCUUCAGUCUGUACAUGAUCUUUGGCGGUACCAACUGGGGCAACAUCCAAUACCCUGGCGUCUAUGCCUCGUACGACUACGGCUCUGCCAUCCGGGAGAACCGCGCUGUCGACAGGGAGAAGUACUCAGAGCUCAAGCUCGAGGCCAACUUCCUCAAGGUCUCGCCGGGUUACCUGAUCGCCGUGCCCGCGACAUCCUACUCCACGGGCGUCUACAACACCAACGCCGACAUCGUGACCACGCCUGUGCUCGGAACCAACGGCUCCUUCUUCAUCGUCAGGCAUGCCGACUACACCUCGGAGGCCUCGACUAACUACACUCUGUCCCUGCCCACGUCGGCGGGCACCCUCGCCAUCCCCCAGCUCGGAGGCUCCCUCACCCUGAACGGGCGCGACUCCAAGGUCCACGUGACGGACUACCCAGUCGGUACCUUGACGCUGCUCUACUCCACCGCAGAGAUCUUCACCUGGCAGGCCUUUGAGGACAAGACCGUCCUGGUUGUCUACGGCGGCGCGGAUGAGCUCCACGAGCUGGCUGUGGCCGGUGCCUCCAACGGCUCGCUGGUCGAGGGCAGCGGCGUCACCAUCCAACAGGCCAACGGCUCGCUCAUCGCCCAGUGGGAGACGUCCACCUCCAGGAGGAUCGUCCAGGUCGGUGAUCUGUACAUCUAUAUUCUCGACCGCAAUAGCGCCUACAACUACUGGGUCCCUGAGCUCACCAGCGGGACCGCCGUCAUCGUCAACGGGCCGUACCUCGUCCGAACGGCUUCCGUUGACGGUUCUACCCUCUCUUUGAGGGCUGACUUCAACAAGACCACUGCCUUAGAGAUCAUCGGCGCGCCCUCGAGCGCCACGACCCUCCAGGUCAACAACCAGACUCUGACCUUCACCACCGACGCCCAAGGUUCGUGGUCCGCCAACGCCUCUUACGCGCCCCCGACGUUGGAUCUCCCCGACCUGGCCAGCGCCGUCUGGUACACGAUCGACUCGCUUCCCGAGAUCCAGGCCUCGUACGACGACAGCGCCUGGCCUGACGCGAACCACACCAACACCACUAACCCGAUUGGCUCGCCGCUCAAGACGCCCGUGUCCCUGUAUGGCUCCGACUACGGCUUCAACACGGGCAGCCUGCUGUUCAGAGGCCACUUCGUCGCGUCUGGAAGCGAGACUUCUCUCUCACUCACCACGCAGGGCGGCGAGGCCUAUGGCGCCUCCGUCUGGCUCAACGGUACCUUCCUAGGGUCCUGGACUGCCGGCUACGACGACAUCCCUUCGGACUACACCCAGGACCUCACUUUACCCUCAGGCGCCGUCACGGCCGGGCAGAGCUACGUUCUAACCGUCCUGAUCGACAACAUGGGUCUCGACGAGAAUGGCGAGGUCGGCGCGGACGAAGCUAAGGACCCGCGCGGGAUCCUCGACUACACCUUCGCGUCCGACCUGACAUGGAAGAUCACGGGCAACCUGGGAGGCGAAAACUAUGCCGACCGUGUCCGGGGGCCCCUUAACGAGGGCGGCCUGUUCGCCGAGCGCCAGGGCUAUCACCAGCCUUUCCCGCCUGUCGCCACUGCCUUUACGAACGGGAGCUCGUCGCCGUUCGACGGCAUCGACGCCGCCGGGGUCGCCUUCUAUACCACCAGCUUCACCCUCUCCCUCCCCGCCGACGAGUGGGACAUCCCGCUCUCGCUGGUCUUCGCCAACGACACAGAAGACACCACGACGCCGUAUCGAUUGCUCAUCUUUGUCAACGGGUACCAGCUCGGGCGAUACACGAGCAACGUGGGCCCGCAGACCGAAUUCCCCAUUCCCGAGGGCGUCCUGAACUACAGCGGGGAGAACUGGUUGGGCUUGACGUUGUGGGCGCUGGAGAGCGAGGGGGCCAAGGUGGCUGGGUUGAACUGGACCAUAGGCGCCACGCCGGUCUGGACGGGGCGGGAGACGCCUACGUUGGUGGACCAGCCUGCCUGGACGGAGAGGCCAGGGGCUUAUUAG